AUGGAGGAGGCGGGGCCGAGCUGCACAGCUAGCCAGGCCGCCUUCAGGGAGCUGCUGGAGAAGCACGCCGUCAUAGACGAGGCCACAGCAGCGCGCAUCUUUGCACUGGUGGCCCGGCAUCAUGGCGGCAAAGCUGACACCGAUGACUCAUCCCAGGCUGCGCUGGCCGCCACGCUGGCGACGCUGUCGCUGAGUCAUCCUGCCAGCGUGGACAGCGCGUGGAACCUGGACGUCCUGCUGUCCGGCCUGGCGCCAGAUCUGGCCAAGCUGAGCCCCCAGCGGAUCGCGGAGCAGCUGGACCAUGACUCAUUCGCGCUGCCCGACGCGCGUGCAUUCCUGCUGCUGAUGUCACUCUGGCGGCGCGCCACGGGGGACAAUGCGUUCCCUCUGGCUCCGGCCAUCCAGUGUGUGUGGAAGAACGCCCCGGGACAGAUCGCCUUCCUGCGCUUCGCCAGCGCCGCGCCGCCCGAGGUGUUCAGCUUCGAGGGCGCCCAGCGCAAGCUCGCACCCGUGGAGGGCCUGCAGGGCAACAAGUCGCCGAUGGGGACGCCGAACCAGGCAUGGCUGGCGCUGGACCUGCUCUCCACGCUCUCGUUCCUGUACGAGGCCGGCCACGGAGCGGUCGUGCGCCAAAUAUUGGAACUACCGCUCGCGCAGUGCCCCGAAGUCCUGGUGCUUGGCUUCGCCUCUGCGCGCAGUGACUGGAGCGCGCUGGCGAGGGACGCGUGCGACGCGUUUGUGGUGAAGAGCAUCGCGUCGGGGCCCAACUCGGCGGUGGUGCUGCCGCGGCUGUGGGCUGCCAGCCGCGAGGCGCUCCUGCGCAACAUCGUGGCGCUGUACGAGAAGGACGCCAACAACAUCAGCCGCGUGCUUGACGUAUGCCAGGAGCUGAAGGCACUGACGGAUGUUUUGGAGGCGACGCCGUUUGCAUUUGCGCUGGAGCUGGCGGCGUUGGCCGCGCGGCGCGAGUACCUCAACCUGGAGAAGUGGCUGCAGGAGCGCAUGGCGGUGCACGGCGUUCCCUUCAUCCAGGCUGCCCUGAAGUUUCUGGACGCAAAGCUGACGGGACCCCCUCGUCCCGAGGGACCCCAGGCUAGCAGGGUGCCUCUCUCAGCGGAGUCCAGGGCCAUUCUGCUGCGCGUGCUGGCGGGUGCAGCGCCUAAUCUGGCGCCUGAGGUGGCCGCUGAGGUAGCGCGACUCACCUCCAUCGCGCAGGGUGUCGCCGUUCCUGGUCUCCCCGCCGUUCCCUCUCAGCCGCUGUUCCCUCAGGACGUCGAGGACGAGGCAAAUGACAACUUCCAAAAGGUGUACCAGGGCAAAGAGACGUCAGACCAUUUGCUGGCGCGGCUGCAGGCAUUCAAGCAGGGCAGCACCAAGGAGCAGCAGGUGUACGCCUGCAUGGUGCAUAACCUCUUCGACGAGUACCGCUUCUUCCCCAAGUACCCUGAGAAAGAGCGCCACAUCACCGCCCUGCUCCUCGGCGGCCUGGUGCAGCGCGGCCUGGUGGACGGCAACAACCUGCGCCUGGCGCUGCAGCUGAUGCUGACGGCCGUGAAGGAGCAGUCCCCCAAGAUGCUCACAUUCGGCGUCAACGCGCUGCUGGUCUGCCAGGAGCGGCUGACUUCCUUCCCCCAGAUCUGCCAGGCAGUCCUGCAGGUGCCAGCUGUCAGGGAAGUCAGUCCAGAGCUGGCGCAGCUGUGCGAGCGGGUGGUGGCAGCCAUCGACCCCGCAGCGGCUGCCGCGGAGGCGGCCAAGCCGCCGCUGCCGCCCGCUGCGGAAGCCAAGGCCGCAGAGGCCCCCGACGCUGCAACCAAGCCCAAGGUGCAGAAUGGAGGGGGGUUGGAGCGGGGUAGCCCGGGUGCGACGCUUGAGGCGCAGCCGUUCCCACAGACGCCGCCGGGCAUGAAUGCCAGCGGCGUGGUGGGCAGCGGGGGCAGCGUUGGUAGCCUCACACCUGCCCAGGCGGGCCUGGCGAUGGACCCCAACCGCGCCUUCCAGGCACUCAACGCCGAGACGCUGGAGCAGGCCAGCGAGAAUGUUGACUACCCUGUACCCCCCCAGAACGUGCAAGACAAGGUGGCGUUCUUCGUGAACAACUUGAGCACGUCCAACCUGGGCCCCAAGGCGGCCGACAUCAAGAAGGUUCUGACGCCCGAGUCCUGGCCCUGGUUUGCCAACUACAUGGUCGUCAAGCGCGCCGCCCAGGAGCCCAACUUCCACGGCCUCUACAUUGAGCUGAUGGACUCCAUUGGCGAUAAGGAGCUGCAGGCGAAUCUGCUGGAGACCACCUACAAGUAUGUGCGCAUCCUGCUGCGCAGCGAGAGAGUGCGCACGCACACAGGCGAGCGUUCCCUCCUCAAGAACCUCGGCUCCUGGCUCGGCCGCCUGACCAUCGCGCGCAGCAAACCCGUCCGCCACCGGGACUUGGACCUGAAGGGCAUCAUCUAUGAGGCCUACGAGCAGGGCAGGAUGAUUGCCGUGCUGCCCUUUGUCAACAAGGUGCUGGAGCCGUGCAAGGACAGCAAGGUGUUUAAGCCGCCCAAUCCCUGGGUGCAGAGCAUACUGGCGCUGAUCUCCGACGCCAAGCCCAGCAGCACGCUCGCCGCACACAAGCGCCAAAUUGUCAACAACACCGACUUCGCGCAGGACAAGGUCGUUGCGGCACCGAUCAUCACCACAACGGCGCAGCCGGCCUCAAUGACCGUUACGGGCGCGCAGCGGCCGCCAACGCCGCAGCAGGUGGCGCCGGGACCCCCCCCUGUCGGGGUCCCCCCGCCGGCACCCCCUGUCGGCACGGUCCCCGCGAACCUACCGCCCAUCCGCACCGCGCCCCCCGCUCCCGACGCCGCCCCGGCCCCCGAUGGCCCACCGCCCGUGCUGCCGAAUGUGGAGCAGGGCCUGCUGGCAAACCUGCACAACUACGUGCAGAUCAACGCGGGCCAGCUGGGGCGCAUCGCAGAGCGCUGCAAGCGCAUCGUGCCGAUCGCCGUGGACCGCGCAAUCGUGGAACUGAUCAAUCCCAUCGUGGAGAAGUCUGUCACCACUGCCUGCAUGACCACGCACGAGCUCGUGUCCAAGGACUUUGCGUUUGAGUCGGACGGGCAGCGCAUGCGCAAGGCGGCGCACCUGAUGGUGACCAGCCUGGCCGGCAGCAUGGCGCUUGUGUCGUGCCGCGACGCCAUGCGCGCAUCGCUCUCCUCCCAGCUGCGCGCGCUGCUCGCCGACCUCACCGGCACCGCCGCCAUCGAGGAGGAGGAGCUGGAUCAUGCGGUGAAUCUGCUGACGAACGACAACCUGGAGCUGGCGUGCACCGUCAUCGAGAAGACUGCCACCGACAAGGCCAUCCGCGAGAUCGAUGAGCGCCUGCUGCCAGCCUACCAGGCGCGUGCAAAGGCGCGCGCGGCGGGGCAGGAGUUCAUGGACCGCACGGUUCUCCAGGGACGCUUCCCGAUGCAGCUGCCGCCGGCGCUGCUUCCGCGCGGCCAGCUGAGCCCCCCGCAGCAGCUCGUCUACGAAGACUUUGCGCGCAUCCCCCGCACCGCCCCAGCUGCGCAACCGGCGCCGCCGUCCAAGCCGGCGUCGAUGGCGGGCAGCAUUGAGACGGCGGCCUCGCUGGGCUCGGGCGUCCACGCGCAGUUGGCCGGCCCCGGCUCCAUCGGCGACGGCGCGCCCAUCGGCGCGGCCACCCGCGGCCUGGACGAGGUGCUGCGUCAGCUGCAGGAGAAGUACACGCUGUGGCAGCAGCGCCUGGACGCGCACGUGGAGCAGGACCCGCAGGCGGUGUACCGCGAGCUGCCGCGCGAGCAUGAGCUGCUGAGCGUGGUGGCCGAGAUCGCGGAGAUCGCCGGCGGCCGCGAGGAUGCUGUUCUGCUGCUGGCGCGCAAGAUCUUCACCCGCCUCUUUGAGGUCCAGAACGCCAGGCUGCACACGGGCGCGAGCGUGGCUGCGCUAACAAUCCUGCGCGACUCGGCGCUGAAGCGGCUGCCGGCUGAGCUGACGGCGCUGUGGGUGGCCAUGAUCGACGAGCGCAAAUGGCGCCGCGACGCGGGAGAGGCCCUCGUGCGCGCGCGCCUCUUCCAAGCCCCCGACCUCGACGCCCACCUGGCCAAGGUGCUCAGCAGCGGGCGGCUGGGAGCGCCGCCGCUGGAGUUUGCAGCGCACGUGGUGAAGGCGUGCAUCGUGUCGGAGCCAGUUCUGGCGGCUGCGGACCUGUUCAACACGCUGGAGAUGCUGGCCAAGCUGGCGCGCACCUCCCCUCAGGGACCCGCCAUGCAGGCACUCGUCGACCAGGCCCGCCGCCCCAAGUCGACACCGCCGGUGCCGGGCCCGGAGGCGAGCGACCCGGCGGGGCUGCGGCAGCAGGCGAUCGGUCUAUUUGAGGCGUUUGUGCGUGCGUGCGAGGAGCAGCCGGCCGAACGCCGCCACGACGCCUUUGUCGCGCAGCUGCAAGCCGCUAACCUCCUCAAGUUGGACGAUCUGACGGAGCGCUUCUUCCGCAUUCUGACGGAGCUGGCGGUGCGCCACUGCGUCAACAGCGAGAGCGGCGGCGCACCGGGCGCCCCGGGCGCCGUCUCCUUCAUGGCCACCGACGCCCUCGCGCGCCUCGUCGUCACCCUUGUCAUCGCGCACAGCGGGGGACUGGACCUGCUGAGCCGAGUGCUGGGGGUGGUAGCCGGCUGCCUGCAGCGGGAGGCGACGGCGAGAGGGGACGCCUUCAACGGGCGCCCCUACUUCCGCAUCCUGCUCGGCCUCGUCUGCGAGCUGUCGCCCGCCGAGCCGGCCGCGCCGGAGGAGCUGCCUGCCAUGAAGAUGCUGGCCGCAAUUGCAGUCACCCUGGAGGGCGUGCAGCCCGUGCGCGUACCGGGCUUCGCCUUCCAGUGGCUGGAGCUCAUCUCGCACAGGCAUGGCCCCUCCUUGACUCGUUCUCUCCAAAAAAGAGGGUCAGCCAAAUUUUGGGUGGUGCCAAGGCAUCUGAUGCCCAAGCUGGUGCUGGCUGGCGGUCAGGCUGGAUGGCCCCAUCUGGAGCGGCUGCUGGUGGCGCUGCUGCGAUUCCUGGAGCCCUACCUGCGCAACGCCGACCUCACCGACGCCAUCCGCAACCUCUACAAGGGGACGCUGCGCGUGCUGCUGGUUCUCCUGCACGACUUUCCGGAGUUCCUGUGCGAGUACCACUUUGAGCUGUGCAACGUGGUGCCGCCCUCGUGCAUCCAGAUGCGCAACCUCAUCCUCUCAGCCUUCCCCCGCAACAUGCGCCUGCCCGACCCAUUCACCCCCAACCUCAAGGUGGACCUGCUGUCGGAGAUCACGGUGGCGCCUAGCUACCGGCCGGAAGCUGCGGCGCUGCUGCCGGCGGGGCUGCGCGCUGAGGUGGACGCCUACAUGGCGUCGCGGCAGCCGGCCAGCUUCCUGGCCAGCCUGAAGCAGCGGCUGCUGCUGCCCCAGCACGAGACCAUCCUGUGCGGUACCAAGUACAGCCAACCCCUGCUCAACGCCCUCGUCUUCUACGUCGGCAUCCGGGCGACGGAGGCGCUGAAGGGCGCUCAGCCCGUGAUGCAUGCGCCGGCGGUGGAUGUGUUCCAGCGGCUGGCGGGUGAUCUGGACACGGAGGGGCGGUACCUCUUCCUGAAUGCGCUGGCCAACCAGCUGCGCUUCCCCAACUCCCACACCCACUACUUCUCCUGCGUCCUCCUCUUCCUCUUCUCCGAGGCCCAGCAGGAGAUAGUGCAGGAGCAGAUAACGCGCGUGCUGCUGGAGCGGCUGAUAGUGAAUCGGCCGCACCCCUGGGGCCUGCUCAUCACCUUCAUCGAGCUGAUCAAGAACCCGCGCUACAACUUCUGGUCCCUCUCCUUCACCCACUGCGACGCCGAGAUCGAGCGCCUCUUCGAGUCGGUCGCCCAGUCCUGCAUGGGGCCCCACAAGGCCGCCGAGCAGCAGCAGCAGGCGCAGCCGCCGCCGCCGGGCCAGCCGCAGAUGCAAUCUGUCGGCGCGUGA